UUAUUAGUCUAGACCGCACUGCACUGCACUACAUUUUCGCAAACGUGCGAAUCUCUCGGCGGUCUCGCGCGAAGGGAUUUUGUGUUUUUUCCGUUGGGUUUUCCGUUUCUCAGUUAUAUUAAUAUCUUUGCCCUCGCCGUCUACCCUACCCUGCCACCAAAACCCCCCCCCCCCCCCUACCCACCAACCCACCCACACGCAUACACACGUACACUCACCGGUACACAGAUACGUGCGCGUACACAGACACACACACACACACACACACAAACACACGUACGGACCGAUAGAUACCGUCUCGUUUGUCGCGCGCGCGUCUCUGCGGUUCCCCGCAUCAAUCCGGCUGGGCCCUCGACUGGUUGGUCGGGAGGAGGUAGGAGGAGGAGGAGGUGUCCCUUGUCGGAGCCGAGCACCAAACAAAUCGCCUCACCCCCCCCUCCUGCAAAGGUUCUUGCCCAAUCGGGCAGCCAGCGCACCGCGGAGUGGACCGCACGCACCGACCACAGCCGGACCGAAGCUUGCCGAAAAUCUCAAGGAAAACGGUUACGCACCGCGACGGCCGCCCGUUUAGCAGGACGGGGGCAGCCCGCACCGCCCGACACGGCCGGACCCCGGGUGAGUGAGAGGAGUGGCGCGCAAGAGUGUGUGUUGUGCCGAAGCGAACGUCCGCGACGUCGUCGUCGUCGUCGCUGUCGUCGUCGCUGUCGUCGUAGUCAUCGGUGUCGCGAGCCACCACGGACGGGUCUCUGUGGUUUGCAGGGCAAACAGGCGAGUGCAGUUGCAGUUGCGUCGCUUCCGGCGGACGGAGGCGCGUUUCCCAAGAUCAGGCAGUCACGGCGAGAUUAGAAGCACGCCGCGUCGGAGAGGUGUAUGUGUGUGCGUGUAAGAGCGGUGUUUAUUGUUUGUCCGGUACGGUGUACGGAGUGCGUGAAGCGGUCCGGAGGUGUCCCAGCGAGUGUCGCCACGAGGGAAGAAGAUCCUGAAGUGUAAUCAAGCGGUGCAGGUGGUGGCUAGUAGUGGUGGUGGUAGUGAACAUUCCGACGGCAACGAUCUGACCUCGGUCGGUGGUCCUUCAUCAUCUACACACACACACACCCGCACCCCGCAGACACAGACACAAACACACCCACACACUCUUGCAGCAGACACCCACACAGACCCAGCCUCGACUGCCGUUGUGUGUGUCAUCGCGUGUAGUUUCCGUGCGUCCCAGUGCGCUCAGGCACGUGCGUGCGUGCGUGUGUGUGUAUCAAGUGCGUGCGAGUGUCAGCCAAAAUCGGAACCCUACUCAGACGGCACCGGCAUAGAUGCAGCAGUCCUCCGUCCUUUCUUCCUGGAGCUCCCUUGAACUGCCCUCCUCCGCAUGUACGCUCCUGCCCUGCUCCGGUCGGCCAUAAACUGCCGCUCCAGUCAACACGCACACAAUCAACGCACGGCGGGUAUGCGGAGCUAGAAGAGCAUCCUCAUCUCCUCCUCCCUAUCUUCCCCAUCUUCCCCCUCUGUUUGGUGUCCUGAGACUUCUUCGUGGGUGUCUGGGGCCUGCCCUGCCCUGGAACCAAACCAACCAAAACACCACAAAGCCUUUGUCGUCGUCAGCCAAAGUCGUCGUCGUUGACACGCGGGCCCCCGCCCCCCCGCACAAGGCACCAGGACGGCGUCGGAACUGGCGCUAGCGCACCGGGGUCAGCUUUGCUCCGCCGGGCUGCUGGAUGCGGCCGGAGUGCCGCCCGGUUACGAACCCGACCCCCUCGCCGUUAGCCCGGCUAUGCACAGAUCCGCUACCAUGGACUCGAAAGCAACGAUAAACAAGGGCAAUUUUCUCUCACAGCAGGAAGAUUUUCAUCCCUUUAUCGAGGCGCUGCUGCCGUACGUGAAGUCCUUCAGCUACACCUGGUUCAAUCUGCAGGCGGCGAAGCGGCGCUACCUCAAGAAGCACGAGAAAAAGAUGACGCACAACGAGGAGAACAAGUGCAAGCGAGACUUUCAGAACGAAAAUCCGGAAACAAAGCAGAAAUGGGCCGCCCGACUGCUGGGCAAGCUGCGCAAGGACAUCACCCACGAUAGCCGGGAAAACUUUGUGCACUGCAUUUCGAAGAAGAAAACCUCCAUGUGCAUCCUCUCGAACCCGGACCAGAAGGGCAAGAUGCGGCGGAUAGAUUGCCUGCGCCAAGCGGAUAAGGUCUGGCGGCUCGAUCUGGUGAUGGUGAUCCUGUUCAAGGCGAUACCGCUCGAAAGCACCGACGGCGAGCGGCUGGAAAAGGCGUGCUUCUGCACCAGCCCGAGCCUCUGCAUCAACCCGUACCACAUUCAAGUAUUAAUCAAGGAGCUCGACCUCUACCUGGCCAACUUUAUCAAGUGUAAGUGUUGUCCGUCUGUCACACCGGAAUCCGGUUCGAAGGACCAAAAGCGUUGGACGAGUGCGCUACUUUACAUGCUGCUUGGCGGAAAACUCCGGCCGUUUUUGUCUCUCUCUCUUUCUCUCUCUCUCUCUCUUUCUCUCUCUCUCUCUCUCUCUCUCAUUAAAACAAUGAGGGAUAGGGGGAAGCUUGGGGAGGCUUACAGCUAAUGGCCGCCCGCGUGAAACCCGCGCUGUCUUGUGAUGUUUGCCGCUCGCGUUCUGUUGCCGAACUGCCGAAAAGGGCGGGUCCCUGACGGGUUUUUUUUUCUCUUCUUCUGCGCUGCUCCGUCCCCCUGCUUCUCCGCUCUAUUCCGCUCCCAGUCCGGCUAAGGAGACCUUAAAAGCUAACAAAAACAACAACUAAUGCGGCCCUCAGCCCUCCCCACACUCAUACCCAGCUCAACAUCCAACCGCGUGCUGGACCGAAACUGCUCGCCGCAGUAGCCGCCUUUGCAAUUCCUUUAAGAUAUCGACACUAUGUUUAGAUGAUUUGACAGAAACAUUUCCUCAAUUUGGCGUACACCUAAGAUCCCCUCCACCCUCCUGGGAGCCCUUUUCCGGAGCUCACACUUCACCAUCGCCGCACGCGGGCUUUCCCUUCAUCCCCAUUCCAAUAGGAACCGUUUUAUCAAGCGCCGGCGGUAAAGGCGUUUAUUACAAAGGUCCGAUCGUCGGCGAGCCGAUCAAUCGAUAGGCAUCGGAAGAGAGACUGUGCGUGUGUGUGUGUGUGUGUAGAUCAUGCACACGCGCCCGUGCCUCCGCGUGCCUUCCUUUCUCACAUUUUAUGUUUUAUGUUUUACCUUCUUUUUGGUUGUUGUUGUGUGUUCGAUCGCUGCUCGUGUUUUUGCGGCUUUUAAAAAUCAAUUAUCUAUCGCUCCUGUCGCUCUUUCCCCAC